GUUGCCAUCGUCCCCGUGAAUAGGUAGACACUCCAUUCGUCUCUACGUCAUCGCCAUCAAUCAGCAUCCCGAACCGUACACGGCAAACAAGAAGCCGUCUCUCGUGACAAUGGCAUACUCCGACUCUUCGAAAUGGCCAAUGCUGGCGGAUAUGGACCCAGAAUACCAAAAGUAUCUCGAAACAGCCCCUCCAGGGCCACCGGCAGCAGAUGACCCGUCCAAGAUCCCUGGCAUGAGGCCCAUGAUGAAGCAAAUGCAACUCAAGGCUCCCUACCAGCAGAUAGAUAGGACGGGAGUCACAGAGGAGCAAAUCUCUAUUCCCGCUCGUGAUGGCUAUCAGAUUCCUGCUGUGCUCUACAAACCGGCUUCGUCGUCCGCGGGACCGGGACCGCUUGCUGUGCUGUUUCACGGUGGUGGAUUCAUACUUGGAUUCCCCGAAAUGGAAGGCCCGGCUGCUGUUGGUCUGGUACAAGGUCACGGCGCCUCGGUGAUCAGCGUUGACUACCGCUUAGCCCCGGAACACGUCUUCCCAAAGCCCAUCGAAGAUGGCUGGGAUGCGUUGAAAUGGGCCUCAUCCAAUGCUUCCACUCUCCACGCCGACCUGAGUAAAGGUUUCGUCGUCGGUGGCAGCUCCGCGGGAGCCAACAUCGCUGCGGUACUUUCCCAUCUGGCUCGUGAUCAGAAGCUGUCACCUCCGCUGACGGGCAUCUUUCUCAACUAUCCCAUCACCGUCGGUAACGAGGUCGUGCCCGAGGCGAUGAAGAAGGACUAUCAAUCAUUCGAACAGAAUGCCAACGCGAAAGGACUCAUCAAUAAAGACGCUAUCCAGAGAAUCAUGUCCGUCUACAAUCCCGAUCAAAAGUCUCCGCUUUACAGCCCUAUGCUUUCCAAACAUGAAGGUCUGCCCAAAACGUGGCUGCAUGCCUGUGGACUGGACCCGCUCCGCGACGAUACGCUCUUGUACGAACGCGAGUUGAAGAAGGCAGGUGUCGACACUCGUGUGAUUGUGUCUCCUGGUGUGCCGCAUGCAUUCGAGACGACGGUGGCGCAUCUGCAAGUGGCUGAGAAGUUUCGAGAGGAGAGGAAGAAAGCUUUCGCGUGGUUGUUGGAAACGAAGUAGAUGGACUACAUAUCUCGCUCGGGUAUGUGAAUAAGUUCACGACAGCUCAGUUACUGCAGCUUGAAAAGUCAGAGGAAGUACGCGGAAAAAAAAAGCAAAUACAUACUUGAUGCGGACGUUGAUUCUCGUCCGUGGGAUUUAGAAAAGCAAGGAGAAAGUUCCCACAGCUUGCAAGAAAUUGUGAUGGCACAGACACAAAAAUACACAAGACGCGGCAUAUUCGCCAAGUACUCUGCC